GGACACACCGUUCACGCCGCCCACAGCCCCCCCACCAUCACCACCAAUGGCCCCGAUGCCGCACCCGAUGCCUCCGCGCACACGAAGCAGAUCUGAGCCGCCGCGUGAAGCCGAGGUCCCGUCGCCCGGUGGCGUCUCGCUGGCCAGCCGCACCAGUCGCGUGUCCUUGGGCGAAGCCGCGGGGCUGGCGAACGAGGCGGCGAACCUGGGGAUCAUGGGCCCAGACAGGUUGAGGCAGAUGUGCAGCGAUCAGGGUCUGCCGCGGGAGGGGCUUCGCACUGAGCUAAUUUCGAGGUUGCUGAUCCAUCGCCUAACCAGCGCGCCGCGCACGGUGAACGAGUUCUCGCCCCUGUCACCCUCCUUCGCUCCCUUCAGUGGGCCCAACCAAUCCGAGCUACGUGCGGCGUGUGUGCAACGUGGCCUGUCAGACAUUGGAUCAAGCUACGACUUGCUACAGCGCCUACAGGUGAGCCGCAACAGUCAGGGUGCAGAUUCCACUGCAGCCCUGAAGGCACGUAGCGGAUUGGCGGCGGCCAGGAAAGUGGCUCUUGAAGGCACUGGUGCUGCGCAGUCCACCGAGACGCCCAGGAAGCGCCUGCGAUGCAAGAGCCCCGCAAGUGCGCUCUAUGGCAGGCCCCAAGAGCCGGCGGUCACCCCUCCCAAGCGGCUGCGCUGCAAGAGCCCUGCCUCGGCCAGACCUGAUCUCAAGGAGGGACUCUCUGCAGUCUGUGGUGCUGCGGUGCAGUCGUUGCUGACGCUGCGGCCUGAACAAUUGGAAGCCGAAUGUCAACGCCAGGGAUUGAGCCCGCGCCGGUCGCCACAUGCAAUGGCUUAUCGCCUGGCCACCGCGCGGCUGCAGAACCUGGGCUCGCCCUCCUCGGCGGACUCUGCAGCCCGCACGGAGAUCGUGUCACCGGGCUCUAUCUUGAAGCGUGGCAAGUUCGGAAAGAGUCCACCCGCCAGGACCCGAAGUGCUUCGAAACCGCCAACCCCGACGAGUGCCCGCGGAGCCUCUCAGCGCCGCAGCGCUACGCCCAAUCCGCGCCAGUCUCCCCGCAGCACUCCGAAUCCACGUGGAGCAGGGAGAUCUCAAUCGAGGACUGUAAAGUCACCAGGCUCCGGCAAGCGUGCCACAUCCGAACCCAAGACGCCUCCCAGGACCCGAAGUGGUUCGAAACCGCCAACCCCGACGAGUGCCCGCGGAGCCUCUCAGCGCCGCAGCGCUACGCCCAAUCCGCGCCAGUCUCCCCGCAGCACUCCGAAUCCACGUGGAGCAGGGAGAUCUCAAUCGAGGACUGUCAAGUCACCAGGCUCCGGCAAGCGUGCCACAUCCGAACCCAAGACGCCUCCCAGGACCCGAAGUGCUUCAAAACUGCGCACGCCGACGAGUGCCCGCGGAGCCUCUCAGCGCCGCAGCGCUACGCCCAAUCCGCGCCAGACACCUCGCAGCCGCACUCCGAAUACCCGUGGAAAGUCACCAGCCGCUUCCUUACUCUGCGGAGCUCCUGGCGUCGCCGCCUCGCCGGAAAAGACGCUGCCCUCGACGCCGCAGCGGCGCAGCCAGCCCAGAAGCAACGUGCCAACAGGAGAUAAGGUGAGGCGACAGUCCAAGCCAAGUGGAAAGGUGGCCCACGAGAAGCCACGCACUCCGACGCCACGCCGCUCCCCAAAAUCCCCCACGAUGACGCGACGGGAGCUGUGCCAUGCGACCAAACGUGGUGGUCUUCCCUGCAAUUUUCCUGGAUCGAAACGGCCAACAGGAGCCUUGUUCUUCUAUUGUGGCUAUCAUGCUGAGAAGUGGCGUGCCCACGAGCGCCGCUGAGUGCUGAGUGCCGCUGUGCCACUGUGGCCCAGAGUCAGAGACACAGAGCAGUCGCCUCGCAGAUCUCAUGAUUUUCC